AUGGCCUUGAUGGUGAAGCAAAAUGGCAUAUUGUAUUGUGUAGAAAACAAGUAUUUAAUUACAGGGCCGUGCCUGAUUGCGCAUGCACGGGCAAGCUUCGUUCACGGCAAGGGAAAAAGAAGGUGCAUGAAGAUGAAAGCGAACAUGAACACGGAUAUGGAGAAGGUGAACGGGAAGAGAGUGACGGGAACAUUGAUCCCGAUUUUGGAGAAGAGGUCGAAUAUUACUUUGUUGGGAGAUGACGAAUAUUUGGUGGGAAGGUUCGUGGAGAAAGGGUUGGUGUUCAGGCAAUCCUUUGUUAUCAGGUCUUAUGAGAUUGGACCUGACAAGACUGCCACAAUGGAAACUCUAAUGAAUCUUCUCCAGGAGACGGCACUGAAUCAUGUGCGGAGUGCAGGAGUGGCCGGAAACGGGUUUGGGGCAACUAUCGAGAUGAGCUUACGCAAACUUAUUUGGGUCGUCACCCGUAUACACGUCCAAGUUGACAAAUAUAGCUCAUGGGGAGAUGUUGUGGAGAUAGAUACAUGGGCGGAUGCAGCUGGUAAAAAUGGGAUGCGUCGAGAUUGGAUCAUUCGCGACCUAAACUCUCGAAACAUCAUAACACGAGCAACCAGUACCUGGGUGAUGAUGAAUAGAGAAACUAGGAGGUUAAGUAAAAUCCCGGACGAGGUGAAAAAGGAGGUCCACCCAUUUUACCUAAACCGAGCAGCAAUUCCGACUGAAAAUGCCGAUACUGACAAGAUUGAAAAGCUUACUGAUGAUACUGCUGCGAUGAUCCAAACUGGACUUGCUCCGCGGUGGAGUGAUAUGGACGCAAACCAACAUGUCAACAACGUCAAAUAUAUCGGAUGGCUUUUGGAGAGUGUACCAAUAAAAGUCCUUGAAGAUUAUAACAUGACAAGAAUGACAUUGGAGUACCGGCGUGAAUGCCGUCAAUCCAAUGUGCUACAGUCCCUAACAAGCAUGAAACAAAAAACGGAACAAGGGAAACUAACUAGUGAGAAUAAUGCUUUAAAAUGCACGCAUUUGCUACGAAUGGAAGCUGAUCAAGCAGAGAUCGUUCGAGCAAGAUCUGUGUGGAAGCAUUGCGAAUUGUUGGAAAUGGUUCCAAAACUGGCGCCCGUGGUCCUGUUUCUCUAUCUUUUGAAUUCACAGGUUGAUGCAUAG